UGACUACCCUAAAUAGUUAAGGUAUUAGGGGCCAAACCAAACCAUCCAGAAAAAGACCUAAAACGGUAUCAAUGUUAGCUUGAGUCUGGCUUCACUUCAGACUCUCACUGCCUAACUCCCUUCUCUCAAACCCAAAACAAUCAGAGAGACAGCCUGUAAUGGACACAACUUCAAAUUCAAAACACAGGCCAUUUUCGAUUAAACUAUGGCCCCCUAGUGAAAGCACUCGACUGGUACUUGUGCAACGCUUGACGAACAAUCUCUCCAGUAAUUCUAUUUUUACCCAGAAGUAUGGUGCUCUUAACAAAGAAGAUGCCGAGGAGAAUGCUAAGAAAAUUGAGGAUAUAGCUUUCAACGUGGCAAAUGAACAGUAUGAUAGGGAGCCUGAUGGUGAUGGAGGUGCUGCAGUGCAGCUUUAUGCCAAGGAAUGUAGCAAGCUUUUGUUGGAGGUUCUUAAAAGAGGGCCUGAAAAGGAGAAGGAAUUGGCAUCUCAGAACAAUGCUUCCGCUGAAACCUUCUUUGACAUAUCUAAAGGCCAACGGGCUUUUAUCAAGGCAGAGGAAGCUGAGAAUCUUCUAAGGCCUUUGAAAGAACCGGGAAAUUCUUACACCAAGAUAUGCUUUAGUAAUAGAAGCUUUGGUUUAGAGGCAGCCCGUGUGGCUGAGCCUAUUUUGGUUUCCCUUAAGAAUCAGUUGAAAGAAGUUGAUUUGUCAGACUUUAUUGCAGGAAGACCAGAGACAGAAGCCCUUGAAGUUAUGAAUAUAUUCUCUGCUGCCUUGGAGGGUAGUGUUUUGAAGUCUCUUAAUCUUUCAAACAAUGCCUUAGGUGAGAAAGGUGUUAGGGCUUUUGGUUCUCUUUUGAAAUCGCAAAAUUGCCUAGAGGAGCUCUAUUUGAUGAAUGAUGGUAUUUCAGAGGAAGCCGCAAAGGCUGUCUGUGAAUUGAUUCCCUCUACGGAGAAGUUGAAGGUGCUUCACUUUCAUAAUAAUAUGACCGGAGAUGAGGGUGCACUUGCGAUUUCUGAUGUUGUGAAGCGCUCUCCUUUAUUGGAGGAUUUUCGAUGCUCCUCGACAAGGGUUGGUUCAGGAGGAGGAGUUGCCUUAGCGAAAGCACUCGAGUCUUGCACCAAUUUAAAGAAGCUUGACCUGCGAGACAACAUGUUUGGUGUAGAAGCAGGAGUUGCCCUGAGUAAAGCACUUUCAAAGCAUUUGGAUCUGGUUGAGGUUUACUUGAGUUAUCUCAACUUGGAAGAUGAGGGUACAGUAGCAAUAGCCAAUGUUCUAAAGGAAUCGGCUCCUUCUCUUGAAGUUUUAGAAAUGGCUGGAAAUGACAUAACAGCUGCUGCUGCUCCUACCAUAGCUGCUUGUAUUGCAGCAAAGCAGCACCUAACCAAGCUGAACUUGGCUGAGAAUGAACUCAAGGAUGAAGGUACUAUCCAAAUAAGUAAGGCUUUGGAGGAAGGGCAUACCCUUUUAAAGGAAGUUGACAUGAGCACCAAUUUCAUAAGAAGGGCUGGGGCUCGGCAUUUGGCUCAGGUAGUUGUUCAGAAACCUGGCUUUAGGCUGUUAAACAUCAAUGGGAAUAUCAUCUCUGAUGAUGGUGUUGACGAGGUGAAGGAAGUAUUCCAAAAAUAUCCUGACGUGCUUGGUUCCUUUGAUGAGAAUGAUCCUGAAGGAGAUGAUGAUGAUGGAGAAAACUCUGGUGAGGGUGAAGCUAAUGAGGAUGAACUGGAAUCUAAAAUGAAGAAUCUUGAAGUUGGCCAAGAAGAAUAGAUAGUUUACAAAAAUUCCUCAGUUAUGCUGCUUUAGGUUUUAAUAAUUGUAGAAUUCAUUGCUGAGCUUAUUUUCCCAGCAAAUACCCAACUCGUGUUUUAGUAGGUUAGCCUCUUCUGCAGGAUCGUUGUUCUCCUUUUAUUUUCGUUAGGGUAUGUAUGUUCCUAGAAAGUUGGAUCUUCCUUUAAAACUUUUAUAAAGUCUUUUGUUGUGAUA